CUCCCUCACCUUUGAAGUGCGCGAGCUGAUCCAGAGUAAACGUUUAAUGCGUGUUCGACAUCAUGCAGAGCUGCGGAUGACGUCAAACUACCGCGAGACCAUAGCUGUCGAAUCGCUCUCGCGGUACAGUCGUGUCACACGCCGAUCGCUCUGCGUCUGCGCAGCGCUUCUUCAAGUCAAACACGCAACUGGGAAGGUGGUUUAGUCCAUAAUAUUAUGUACUAGCAUAGUUUUUGAUAGAAGAAAACGUCGAAGAAAUGAACGCCUCCGACAGACGUGAAAGUGACUGGCGAGGUUUAGUGAACGAGGAUGAUGAACCUUCACUUCCGCCAGAAAAACGCAAUCAGGUGAAUUUGGCGCAGUUGUUGAUGGAUUCACGGGAGAAAAAUAAGAAGCUGGCUGAAGAAGUAAAGGAGCUGACACAGAGACUAAGUGAGAUACAGGGAGACAAUAAGCUUUUAAGAAUGACAAUCACCAAGCAGCGUCUCGGGGAUGAAGAAGUUGGGGUCCGACAUUUCCCUGCUCAUGAGCGUGAAGGCUUGGUCAGACAACUUGAACAAGCAGCGCUGCAGAGAGAAGAGCUUGAACACAAUCUGAAGACGGUGAGCGAUGAGCUCCAGGAUAUAAGGGCCGAGUGCACUGUGUUUAAGGAGAAAGCUGAACGCCUUAACCGUGAGCUGAACCACAUUCUGGGCGGCCAGGAGAAACGCAUCAUUGAUGUGGAUGUCCUCUGCAUGGAGAACAGAUGAAAUUAGCUCAAUGAACCCUGUCUCGCGUCUCCCAAAACGGGGGAAAGCGGCGCAUCAUGUCAAAGCACUCACGCAACGCAAGUUUCACCUUGGCUUGCCUAAGAUCCCUGCAAGAAGCACUGCGGUGAGAGAGAAAGCACCUGACUGGAGCGGAUCACAAAACUACAGACUGAAAGAAGGUCACAAGAAUAUUUGAUACGUUCAUUUGUUAUGGGUGGAUUAAUUCAUUUGUUUUUUUCAGAAUAACGCCCAACUUGCAGAGCACAGAGUUAACCACGCCUACUUAUUUACAUUCCGUGGAAUAGAAAAAUCUCUUAUGGUUGACAUUUUAUUCCAUGGUAACGGAAUAUUCCGUCAUACCACCCAGCCCUACCCUCAUGUAAUUUCAUACCUAUACAAAUGACUUUGUUCUGAUUAACACAAAGGAAGAUAUUUGGAAGAAUGUUAUUUUCAGUUCUGGAACAUCAUUAACUACCAUAGUAGGAAAAAUUAAAUGGUAGUCAAAUGAGCCUCAGCAGAGUUCAACAGAACAAAAAAGAUACAGUAUUUUUUUCCUACAAUGGUAGUAGAUGAUGGUCCCAGAACUGAAAAUUGCUAUCAUUCUUACAAAUAUCUUUCUUUGUGUUUAACAGAACAAAGACAUUUAUACAGGUUUGAAACAACCUGGGGUGAGUAAAUUAUGACAUAAUUUUUGGGUGAACUAGGCCUUUAAAGUGUUAAAACUUUAAGGCGGCCCUAACACACACGGUUUCUGCCAGUCUCAUAUUAAUCUUGAGUACCUAUUGAGUAGUAUCGCAUACUUCUUAUCUUUGAAGAGUAUUUAGUUUGAUCCAGUCUUGUAUAAAGUACUUGAAAGCAAUACUUGAGUAAAAGUACAAGUAUCUUACCAAAAAAUGACUUUGGUAGAAGUUAAAGUCACCCUUUAAAAUAUUACUUGAGUAAAAGUCUUAAAGUACCUGACAUUUAGUAUACUUAAGUAUCAAAAGUAAUUGUCUGAUAUAAAAUGUACUUAAGUACUAAAAGUAAAAGUAUUUAAAAAAAAGUGAACGGUUAGAAUUUUGAGGUAAUUAAAUCAAAGCAAAUCUCAAGUUCAACAAAAUGCACGGUGCUUUUGAAGAUGUGAGUAAUCCUGAAGGCUCCUCUGUAACCUGCCAUUAAUUAGCCUAAUGUGGUCUAAAAAAAAAAAACUCCACCGGUGUAACACUAAUUUACCUAGGAAAUAUUCGGCCGCCACUUAGGCUAUACCAGAAACCGUUAUUAACCAUUUCAGUAUUAUGUGUUGAAUUAAUUCUGAGGGAAAAUCAUUGGUGUUGUUAAAUAUCUGCACAUUGGCUAAUCAGAAAAGUUAACUAGCACACGUUAGCCUGGCCAUCACGUUAGCCAGAUAUCUGAACAGGCUUAUGAUAACUAAUUCAUGUUAAAUAACGUGAAUUGAAUGAAAAUUAAUUUAACCUACCUCGAUGUGCUUCUUCAGGUUGGACGGGGAGUUUUUUAAUGCCAAUAUUUCAGUGACUCUCGGUAGGCAUACCGGGUUUCCAUCCAAAGUUGCGAAUUUAGCUUAUGCGCAAAAUUGGAAAAUCGCAUAAAACAUUUGCCGUUUCCAUCCAACUAGUCAACCUAAUAAACUGGCACUAAAUAUCAGUAAGAGAAGCCACUGAAUAUAAUAGUUUUGAUAUACUUGCGCAAGCAGACGAUUAGGAAACUCAAUAAAUGCGGUGCUUUUGUGGAUGCCUGCUGUUCGGGAAACACAGUCGUGACAGUUCUAAGAGGCAAUUACAGAAAUACUUGACGACUUUGCUCAGGCGUUUAAGAAUGACCAUCACAACAUUUCUGAUGCUGUGUAACAAGAUCAUUACUCUGGUUAGUCAGGUUACACCGGCCGUCUCAUAGUGCAGUUACGUGACUUUUUGGAGGAAUUUAUUCAGCAAAUGCGUUUCCAUCUCCCAUUAUUCGCAUUAACCCUUUUUCGCAAAAAUGAAAAACCACCUCAAGUGAGCGUAAAAACCUUUUUGCGAAUUAAGGGUUUUUAAUUAGAAAUUUAGCGUUUCCAUCACUCGUUUCUGAUGCGAAACUUCAAAAUGCGAAUAAAACCAGAGUAAUGGAAACCCACACUUAAUCCGGUAGGAAGAAUUUUUCACUCCAAUGUACGAAAAUAUUUCUUGCAAAUACGGCAACGGGUGUGUAACGUUAUCUUCGUCACCACCACGAAGUUCACCAAGUUCGUCACUGUAGUCGAGAUGCUCGUCAUCUGCUACCUGAGUGGUAACGUUAGCAGCAGAGCCUGCAGCAGGUGCUUCCAUGAUGGCAUCAAUAAUGUGACAUGCCCGGACAAGCAGGACUUCUUCUUCGUGCUUGGCGGUUGACAUGACAACAAACAGGCAUUACGUCACCAACUCAAAUUUCUUCUGAAAAUUCUUUAAUUUGUAGUAACGAGUAACGAAGAUGGUUAGGAGAAAUGUAUCGGAGUAAAAGUACACAUUUUAUUUAGGAAAUGUAGUGGAGUAAAAGUGAAAGUUGUCAGAAAUAUAAAUAACGAAGUAAAGUACAGAUAUGUGAGAAUUCUACUUAAGUACAGUAACAAAGUAUUUGAAGAGCUCUUUUCCAAAACGCGAUAAACGCCAAAUAAAAAAAAAAUGAGUUCGUCAUGCCGUUUUGCUGUGUACUGAACCUAUUCACUGCUCCAUCAAUGUUUCAUGCCAAAUCGCUAUAUUUCCUUGUUUAAAAUGUACUGCAAGAUGCAGUUCCUUUCCAAACCGCUAUAAGCGCCAAACCUGUUUUUAGCCUAAAUGCGAUAUGUCCUCUCGACCAAUCAGAAUUCGUUCGAUGCAAUCCAACAUGGCGACGCUUUGAAGCGUUUGUUUGUGCUCAGUCUUCAAAAUGAGUGCUUUAAACUCUAAUAACAUAUUGAUGGCCUGGAUGAGCCAGUGAGACCUACACCUGGGGGUAGAAAACGCCGACUGGACAAAGAAAAUCACAAAAAACCAACAAAAAAAAGGUUCGUCACUCGGUGGCGCGUUAAUACCCACUGUGGGAUGUCAACACAAGGCUGGUGCGACCGGUUUCUGGCAGGCCGAGAAGCUGUCACAAGUUUUAUGAAAGACCAAACAAGGUUGACCAGGACAGGGCCAUACUUCAUCUCCUGGACAUAACGCGAGUGAAAAGGCAGCGUCUGAAAAUAUUUUUUAUUUAAUUAGUGGUAUUUGUAUGCGUGUUAUUUUUAAAUUAUUUGUUUUAUGUGGUGGACAAUAUUGAAAGAUGAAAUUGAAAAUAUUUAUUUUACUAUUUAGUUUGUUACUGUUUAUUCUAUUUGGCUGUUAUUUAUUUCAUGCAUUUGCAUUUAAUUGAUUUUAUAUUAAUUUAUAGUAUGAGUCCCUGAUGUAAUAUGUUGCAUGUUCUCUUGUUUGUUUGUUUUUAAAAAGACAUAAACCAACAUUUUUUUGAAAAAAAGGAUGGAUUUGUAGCGUUUUGAAAAAAUAAAAAUAAACUUUGAAUUUAUAAUCGACAAUAUUGUUGUUUCAUUUAACAAUCAAUGUUUAACAUGUUCAGACUGAGCCAACAGACCAUUUUAACAGGAUAAAUGGAAUAUUAACAAAAUGUAUGGGUCUAGGUAAAAAAUGUCAUUUUCAUGAAAACUAUUAAAAUGGAUUUAUAGCGUUUUGGAAAAGAGCUCUUCAUUUGUACUUCGUUACAUUACAACACUGGUUUGAUCGCAUUUAUAAAAGAUAGAUACAGCUGUACGAUUAUUUCCAAAAUCAUACGGCGCGUGCGGGGGGGAGGGGUAGGCUGAACUAAAGCACGUGAGCAUCUAUUGCCAACAAAACACAGACAUCAGUUUCACUCACCGCAUGUGGUUCAUGUCCAGCAUGUUUUAGUGAUGGUUCGGCUCCAUAUAUCAGUUUCAAACCAUCUCCAAAUCCAGCGUUAUAUCCACCGUUUAUAUAACAUUCAUCACCCAAAUGCAGUGAACAAACACCUGAACUUCGCGAACGUAUGCUCUCUCUCUCUCUCUCUCCUGCACACAAGUGAAAGUGACGUCUGCGCAUGCUCCUUCUCCUGCUCUCCUUGCUGCUGCGUGGGCGUGCCGCGUGCUUUUCCGGGAGAAUUGUCCAAUAAGGGAGUAAGACAUUUUUUUACGAAACAGUUUCAUAUGUUCGAAAAAAACUUUCUGAAACCUGUACGAUCGCUGGGGGAGAGUAUCAGGCACAGAAAUACUACAUAAUACGGCCAACUCGUUUUUUGACAAGUUGACCAUGUUAAGCAUGAGAAGACAGCACGUUUAACAUUGUAAAGAAGUCAGAAUGCAUGACACCGUUGCACCACCCCUUUAAAUCAAUUGCUGUACGAUUAAUACUUGAAGUAGUGAUGACGUCUUAAAAUGUAUGGAAAGAGUCUUAAAAAAGGUCUUACAAAGUAUCACACUUAACUCCAUGAUUUCUGUAUAUACCCUGUACCUGUGGACGCUUACCCUGGUCUGUUACCCGUAGAUGAUUGUGAAUAAACUUUGUGUAAACUUACCUGUUGUCCUCCUCCACUGUAUUCCCAUAACAAACACUCCGUUCAUGCGCACUCUGAACUGAUCGAGAGAGAGAGAUAGACUCGCGCUUAUUCUGAAAUUACAGUGUUAAAGACAUGAUCUACCUGUUUCUUGAUGAUGAAGGUAAUUGGUGCUGCUUCCUGAGUGGAUGUUUGCCUACUUUGUAGAUAUUAAGCUUUUGUGCGCAGCCUAAAAUUGCACUGUGCAGGACCUUCAAUGAGUCAGAUGGAAAAUUGCCCUCCGUCAAUUUGCAAUCGCAUUCCUCCGUGCAUUCCCGAUUGGAAGGUUGGGGUUUCGGGGAACGUACCUGGAGUAUCCACCUGCAGUCUCUCCUCAACCAUGUUUGAUGAUUAAUAUUUAUGAAGUGCAGAACUUACAUCAAAUAAGAUCGCUGUGUGGGCAGAGCUGUCGGCCGCAGCGCGUUUGGUUAGGACACAGCGUCAAACCUGAUUUUUUGCUUGGUGCCAGAAGCAUGAACGACAACUAAAGCAGAUGCUAAAAAAGCUGAAACAAAAAAAGACUUAAACACAAAAAAACUAAUCUAGUACAGAACCUCAAAACCAUGCAUGCUUGAAAAUCUUUCCCAGAUGGAUUACUCUGAAGACAGGCUUGAAUGAAAUUGCAGCAUUUUGUGCAAAUAAAAAGGAACUGUCAAUUUAUUUGAAUGUUGCUUUGCACCUGCUCUGCUUGAUUGUGUUUGUCCAAAAUUUAGUUGCCCUGAUGCAGAUCUCACCUGCAGUCUUUGCUCCAUGUCCUAUCAUUGAUCUGUUGGAGGUCAAGAGAGCUGGGAAAUAGUCCACACACCAUAGCAAACAACAGUACGCCCAGCGAAUACACUGUUGCCGGCUCGCCAUGGUACUCGCCCGUUUCAAGGUAUUCAGGGCAAGUGUAGAUCUUUGUGCCUAAAGAAAAGCAUGCAAAAAAAGUGAGCAGAGGCACUAUCUGAAAAUAUCAUCUUAGUAUUUAUGUAAACACCUGUUCAUAAAGAAAAGUAAUAAAACAUACCCAUAUACUCGUUGUGAGUCGAGCUUUUAAGAAGAUCGCCACACCCGAAGUCUAUCAAUUUGACCUCUAGGGUGACCUCCAGGGUGUAUAUUCCUCGGUCUGCUCCGGAGAACUACACCAUCACCGACCCCAACUACUGGAUCUCACCCACUGUGGAGACGCCACAAGCGGCGUGAGAGAAAGCAGAAGAGGGGUAAGCGCGGAGGUAUCCGGGCUAGGCUAGCGGCUAACCCACACAAGCCAGCUAUCCCCACCAUCGUGCUGGUACGUACGCUCUUUGGACAAUAAACUUGACUACAUCCGAUUACUACGCUCAACUCUAUAAGGACUAUAAGAGACUGUUGUGUUUUUGUGUUCACGAAAACAUGGCUCAGCAACAGCGUACCGGACUACGGAGCGGACAGAGGUCUCGUCGAGGGAGGCAAGACCCGCGGUGGCAGACUUUGUGUUUACAUCAAUGAUGCAUGGUGCCACAAUGCUGUUGUGGUCUACAAACGCUGCUCACCGCUGGCGGAGUUUAUGAUUAUUAAGUGCCGGCCGUUCUAUCUACCGAGGGAAUAUACAGCCAUACUUCUCGUUGCUGUAUACAUCCCUCCCAGCUCCAACAACAACAGGAGUGAGGCACUGAAUGAACUGUACCAACACAUAGGUGAGCAGCAGACAGCCCACCCAGAUGCUUUUCUCAUCUCGGCUGGAGAUUUCAACCACGCAGACCUAAAGAGUGUGUUCCCAAAAAUACACCAACACAUAGACUUUCCAACAUGGGGAAACAACACUCUGGACUUUGUUUACACCACCCAGAGAGGCCCUACCCCUCCCCCAUCAGACCACAUCACUGUCAUGCUAAUGCCUGCAUACAGACCACUCGUUAAAGUCACCAAAACAGUUUGCAAACAGAUACAAGUGUGGCCAGAAGGGUCGUUAGAGGUACUUUAGGACUGCAUUAACACCACUGACUGGAAUAUGUUUACGCAGGCUGCCACAAACAAUAACACCACAGACCUCCAAGAGUACACAGAGACUGUCACUGCCUACAUCAACAAGUGCAUUGAUGAUGUAACGGUCACAAAGACCAUCACUGUGCGGGCCAACCAGAAGCCGUAGAUGACAGGGGAGGUCUAUAGUCUCCUCAAGGCUCGGAACACUGCCUUCAGAGCUGGUGAUGAGGAGAGCCUGAAGACAGCUAGGGCCAAUCUAGCCAGCGGCAUAAGAGAGGCUAAGAGACAGUACUCCAGGAGAAUAGCCCAUCGCUUCAGUGACAGCAGAGACUCAUAGCCUGUGGCAGGGGAUUCAGACCAUCACGGACUACAAGCCCCCACCGCAGACCUGUGACAACACCAUCUCCCUGUUAAAUGAGCUGAACGCCUUCUUCGCUCGCUUUGAGGCACAAAAUGGCAACGCUGCACAGAAGACCUCAACUCCUCCUGGCGACCAGGUGAUGACGCUGUCCCUGGACAGUGUGAGGAGAUCACUCCGAGGGAUCAAUGCACGCAUGCAACUCCGGGUCCUGACAACAUUCCGGGGCGCGUGCUGAGAGACUGCUGUAGAACUCACUGAUGUCUUCAGACAUUUUCAACAUUUCGCUGAGUCAGGCUGUUGUCCCCACAUGCUUCAAAGCUACCACCUUCAUUCCAGUUCCAAAGAAGUCAUCUCCAUCCUGCUUCAAUGACUACCGUCCAGUUGCACUUACUCCUAUUCUCAUGAAGUGCUUUGAACAGCUAGUCAUGCACAACAUCAAGUCUGUCCUGCCCCCUCCCUGGACCCCUUCCAAUUUGCAUAUCGGUCCAAGCGCUCGACCGAUGAUGCCAUCGCCACUGCCCUGCAUGCUGCACUCACUCAUCUGGACAAAAGAGACUUGUACGACACAAUGCUGUUCAUAGUCUUCAGUUCAGCAUUUAACACAAUCAUCCCUCAACAUCUCUCACAAAUUGGUCCAGUUGGGACUAAACACUUCGCUGUGCAACUGGCUGUUGGAUUUCCUGACGUGGAGACCUCAGGCAGUACGGGUCGGCAGUAACACAUCCAGUACAAUCACACUGAACACGGGAGCCCCACAAGGAUGUGUGCUUAGCCCCCCCUCUACACCCUGCUGACCCAUGACUGCACAC